UGUUACAUGCAAUCGCUAGUUUAUAUUUAUUUGUAGCUUUGGCCGUAGUUUGUGAUAAGUAUUUUGUACCUGCCGUUGAAAAGAUUUGUCAAGCGCUAAACAUGUCCAACGAUGUAGCGGGGGCCACAUUCAUGGCAGCGGCCACCUCCGCUCCCGAGCUGUUCGUCAACGUGAUCGGCACGUUUAUCACCGAAGGUGACAUUGGCGUAGGCACCAUCGUGGGCUCUGCCGUCUUCAAUAUCCUGGCUGUGGCCGCCUGCUGUGGGAUCGGCGCCGGAAUGGUAGUGCCACUGGAUUGGUGGCCGCUGACGAGAGACUGCCUGGCCUACGGUAUCACGGUAGCCAUUUUGAUUUGCAUUAUCCAUGACGAACGGGUCGAGUGGUACGAGGCACUGAUAUUGGUGCUGCUCUACAUUGUGUACAUUGCAGUAAUGUACUAUGAUAAAUCGUUUCAAAAGUGUGCAAGAGGUGGUCUGAAGCACGCCCGAAAGCGAAGAUCCCAUGACACCUCCAGCAGCCUUAAGUCAGAGUCCAGCCGUACGCAAGAGGCAAUUGAGGCGCGCACUCCGCUGCGCAUUGGACACUUUCAGCAGAACGGAAACUUGAAGAAUGUGGCCCAUAUCGAUGCACCCGCGGAAUUGACGUCACCAGCCCCGACCGGCACCGGGAUGGACGUUGAAAUGCAAAUUAAGCCAUUCGCAUCGAUCGACUUGCGUGUGCCGGAGACGGCAAUGGCAACCGCAACGACGGAUCUCGAAACGAACAAGACAAGCGCCAGUACAUCCAUUGACCCGUCGUCGGCGGAGGGUGAUGAGAGUGUUCCCGAGCGACCACCGCCACCGCCCAGCCCUGCCACACCGCCGGUGCAAGACCCGGACAAGGGUAGUGGUGCCGAGCAGAAAGAAAUGACGGCGGGUUCCUUGCCGCUGAAGGAAUGGAGCGGUGAGAAUGGACACGGAACGACGGGCCCGGUGGCGGAGGCAGUUGUUAGAGCACUCGAAAGUGGCACUAGCGUCGGUGGCGGAACCGCCGAUGCUAAUGGCGACGGUGCUAAUCCGGAUGGGGCGAGUGUGGCGGGUGAGGACGAGGACGAGUUUAAGCUUCUGAAAUAUCCGCUUGGCAAGAGCGCGUUCAGGCAGUUCUCCUGGAUCAUUACUUGGCCAAUCCAUCUGUUGUUUAUGUUCACCAUACCGAACUGCGAGACGCCGCGCUUCCGGAAUUGGUUCCCGCUGACAUUCAUCAUGUGCAUAGUGUGGAUCGGAUCGCUAUCGUACGUCGUUGCAUGGAUGAUAACGAUUAUUGGUGAUACGCUCAAGAUACCGGACUCCGUAAUGGGCAUCACGUUUUUGGCUGCGGGAACGAGCGUGCCCGAAGCUGUCUCCAGCGUAAUAGUAGCAAAGCAGGGUCACGGUUCAAUGGGUAUCAGCAACUCGAUCGGUUCGAACACGUUCGAUAUACUGCUCUGUCUCGGACUGCCGUGGUUCAUCAAGGCAGCAUUUUCACCGAUCGAACCGGGCCACCAUUGGGUUGGUAUCAACUCGGCUGGGCUGGAGUAUUCGGCCAUCUCGCUGCUAUCGACGCUGCUGAUGCUGUACAUCGCGUUCUCGCUGAACAAGUUCAAGCUGGAUCGACGGGUCGGUAACGCGUGCCUUAUCAUGUACGCCGUGUUCCUCAUUCUGGCCAGCCUGAUCGAGCUGAACGUGUUCUUCCGCGUCAAUCUGCCGACCUGCGGACGGUGAGCCGGCGUAGUAGCACGGGCGAACGGGUGUGUGUACGGUUGUUCUAGCGCAGUUCUGUCUGCAGAAACAAUCCGGGUGUCGUAGGAUAUUGAAUUAAGGCAAAAGCAAAAGGAACCUGGUGUCAAUCGGAUUCGCAAACAGGUUCGGUAACAAGGGGAUACCUAAGCCCUAUCAAAUGUUCUCCUCACACACAGUGAAGGAGAAUGCGUAUCGUGCCUUCGUUCACAGCUCCAAUGCGGGGUAGUCUUGCAAGGGAUGAUUAUUUGCAUGAUUUGAAAGCGUAUGCUGGCGGUAAGAAGACCAAUUUGAAUGUUUUGACCAUGUCUCUCUGGAUGCUGGAUGCUAGUGUUUGCUCUCUAGUUAAGCUCUUAAUAGCCGUAUUUUCUUUACUGCAAUACCACAUUUUUGGAACGAUUUUGGAGAUUACUCACGAUAAAUGGAUGUUUGCAACUGACAGCACCAAACCUGUCUACCAUAUCUUUCUUGCAUCUAGAUUAAUGUUUCUUAAAGUCGCAUUCUGCGUCGAUCACUCGAGCAUUCCGCUGUUGUACGACGAAACAACUUAAUCGGAACGUUAAGCCGUCGGUUUGUUGUUAGUUUGUAAAAGAGUGUUGCCUUCGAAAACGUGAGUUAAGAAAUCCGACAUAUUAAAACGUAGAAUCUAGACGAGAGCGAGAAGGUAUGUGAGAACUACGAAAGGAUAAAUGUUUUGUAAAUUUAAGGAUAUAGGUAAGCACCCAUUCUGGGCAAAUACAUUGGCAUUUCGAAACAUCCGAACUGUGGGUGCUUUGCAAGAACCGCAAAAGAAGAGCACGUAGAAAUUGUUCCGUAGAUACAACCAGCUACCGUUUAAUAGUUUGGCCAGCGACACAGCACCAGCAGCGGUUUCGUGAGCUUUUCCCCAUUCUAAAACCCACCAUCUUCCUUCUUCACCGAAACCGUUGGAGAGAGUUUGGACGAAAUGUACUGCACGUGUAGCACGUCACGUAGGUGUUAGCACUAGAGCUCCUCGACAUCCCCCAAGCAGUUGUGCAAGCUAGUGGAACGUUAAUUGUGCAUCCCGCGUGAGCCUUACGGAAGCGCGAUUUCAAGUUGAUCUGUUGUAAAUAUUAUACCUCCAUCACCGGAACGCCCUCCAUGAAAUCUCCCCCCAACUGCCGGAGAUAACUCUGUCGAUCUGUCGCGCUCUUUCCCGUUUAAUUGUACGAUCUCUUAAGAAGAGACAAAUGCGCGUGUAUCAAAACAAAAAAAGGACAACACAAUAUUAAAACAACAAACAAACAAACAAAAAAACAAUCAACACAGAUUGUGAGUGUGUGUGUUUCAAAAACUAGUAGUGAAUUAUGCAUAUACAGAAAUACAUGUUACGUUCCU